GCCAUUUCUUCGCAGGCUUUCGUUCUCUACUCUUCUUUCUCUUUCUCUCUGUCCCUUUCUUUUCGGCAAUGGAUUAUAGUUCUCCGAGGACCGAGACGAGACGAGUUGUGGGUUUGAUAUAAUCCUAGAAAUACCUCACUUGUCUUGCCUCUGGAUCCCGGGGCACGUUUGAGACCAUCUGAAUACCGAAAAUUUUACCUCAGCAUCACUGAGCCAUUGAGGGAUAUUUUGAUUUAGUGAAGUGGAAUUAAACUGUGCACUGAACUGAAAUGAAGACUAAACAGCAGGAUCCUGAAAACACAUCAGAAGUACAAAAAUCAUUGCAAGCUCCACAUGAAUCCCAAGGGAAUGGGCAAAACAGCACUGGAAGUGAGGAUCUCAUAGCAGAGUCAGGUUUAAUAUCCAAUGCAAGCAAUGAAAAAAGAAAGGUUUCUCGAGAGGACAUUGAACUUGUUCAAAAUCUCAUAGAGCGUUGUCUUCAGCUGUAUAUGAAUAAAGGGGAAGUGGUUAAGACUCUCUCUAGUCGAGCUAGAAUAGAACCUGGCUUUACAAAUUUAGUAUGGCAGAAGUUGGAAGAAGAAAACUCUGAUUUUUUCAGGGCCUACUAUAUCCGGCUAAAACUAAAGAAGCAAAUCGCCAUGUUCAAUUAUUUGUUGGAGCACCAGCAUAAUUUGAUGAAGUACCCUGUGCCUUUUAAGACUCCGCUUGCUCCUGUACAGAACGGGACACAUCCUAUGGCUGUUAACAGCUUCCAUAUGGGAUACCCAAUUCUUCAACAUCCUCCAAUGCCAGCUACAGACCAGCCUCCUCUUGAUCAUAUGAGUUGUCGACUAUCCAGCUCUCAUGUUGUUAAUGGGAUUCCUGCUCCGGGAAGUUUUCAUCCUGUCCAUUUGGACUCUGGAAAUGGCACAAUGUCAUCUGUGCCUGAGACAGACGUGAGUCCUGCAUCAGUGGCAUCCAAUAAUCAUUUUCCUUUCACUCCAUCUGAAAUAUCGGGGAUGGGCGUAGAUGCAUCAGCAGUGGAUGCUAAUUUUUCAACUGAUUUGGUAGGAACUGGGAUAUUGCAACUAGAACAAGAUGGUGUAGUUGGGUCUUCACGAGGCUCACUUAAGUCAUUAAGUCAAUUCUGGAACUUAAGUUUCUCUGAUUUCACAGCAGAUAUGACAAACUUGGGAGAUCUCGAAGUUCUUGGUGAUUAUUCUGGUUCACUAUUCCUUUCUUCUGAUCCAGACAUUCUGUUCAACUCCUCAGAACAGGAUGAUAUAGUUGAAGAAUACUUUGCUGAUACUGUCCAGGGGGUUGAUACUGUCACAGGCCCUGUUUCUCAAUCAGAUGAAGAGAAAUCAUAGAGUUUCAAAGCAGGAAGUUCCAUUUAGAGACAUCAACAAAAGGUUUAAGGUUUAGCUAGAUGAUUAUGGCAUUGCUAAAGGGUAGUUCAUCAUGACGAUGAUCAAGAACAUUAAUAAAAUUUGAUUAAUAUGUAACCUUGUGAUUAUGACUUUUACAUUUCUGAAAUGAAGUCAGAAGAACAUCAUUGUUAGAUUGUGAUGCUGAUGGCAUUUCUGUUGAAGAUGAUUUGAUUUUUCAUUCAUAUGUAAUAAUCAAAAUUUAUAUUUCAUAUCAGAUGGAAGUCAAUAACAUUUGUGGUC